AAUUAUAGCACUUUUUGACAGGCAGACGUAGAAGCAGCUCUUUUUUCGGGCCGCUAUUAAAAUCUGCUUAUUUCAAUUACAUCGCGUUUUAAAAAUUAUCCAAAAUGGUGGUGAAGAAGCCAAGACCAAAGAAGAAGCCAGUUACCAAGAAGGUUGCGCCAGCCCCAUUGGCCGUCAAGAAACCUGUAGUAAAGAAGGUGGUAAAUCAGCUAUUCGAAAAGCGUCCUAAAAACUUUGGCAUCGGUCAGAAUGUUCAACCCAAACGUGACUUGUCUCGUUUUGUUAAAUGGCCAAAAUACAUUCGAGUUCAGCGUCAAAAGGCUGUGUUGCAGAAACGCUUGAAGGUACCACCACCAAUUCAUCAAUUUACCCAAAGUUUGGACAAAACUACAGCGGUAAAAAUGUUCAAACUCUUGGAGAAGUACCGUCCUGAAUCUGCGUUGGCCAAGAAGCAACGUUUGAAGAAGAUUGCUGAAGCUAAGGCUAAGGGCAAGGAUGUGCAGCCCAAGAAGAAGCCCACUUCCGUGCGUUCUUACACCAACACUGUGACCAAGCUGGUCGAGCAGAAGAAGGCUCAACUGGUCGUCAUUGCUCACGACGUUGACCCCUUGGAGCUGGUUCUGUUCUUACCCGCACUUUGCCGCAAAAUGGGCGUACCUUACUGCAUUGUUAAAGGAAAGGCACGUCUUGGUUUGUUGGUACGUCGUAAGACAUGCACAGCAUUAGCGCUGACAAAUGUUGAAGCCAACGAUAAGGCGAACUUCGCCAAGAUUCUGGAAGCCAUCAAGACCAACUACAAUGACCGUCAUGACGAAAUCCGCAAACACUGGGGUGGUGGUAUUCUGGGAUCCAAGAGUUUGGCUCGUAUUGCUAAAUUGGAGCGCGCCAAGGCACGUGAAUUGGCACAAAAACAGGGCUAAACAACUGAGGGUGCUUCAGUUAAUUGUUUUAUUGUAAUGGGAUUUUGUCGAACAGCAGGUUGUUUAUGACAAAAAGAAAAUAAAUAAA